CUUCUAACAUGGAUGGCAGCUGAGGGAGAUAUUACAACACUCAAGGUGCCUGAACAAAGCGUGUGGACACCCGAUCUAAUGUUAUUCGCAGCGAUAUCCAAGCAGGACCUAAUCGAUUAUGGCAGAAGAUUAGUUGUCUUGAAGAAUGACGGCUCAAUAAUGAAAUCUGGGCCUCAGAUUGUGGCUCAUCCUUGUCAAAUUAACGUUCAAAAAUUCCCUUACGACGAUCAAACCUGCACUUUUUCAUUGAGUUCUUGGAGUUUCACCAAUACCAACAUGAGAAUUCAUACUCCAUAUGAGCACUAUGAACCAUCUCAGGAUUUUACGGGCAAUACUGAAUGGAAAUUACUUUCUCUGACCUCUGAGCUGAUGAUUGACACAACUUACGAAGAAGGCGAUUACGAUAUGCUGCUUGUAACAGCCCAUUUCCGCCGUCAUCCACAAUUCUAUGUGUUUUCUAUUAUUAUUCCAUCCUUCGUCUGUACAUUCCUCUGCCUCAACGGACUCUUCUUGCCGAGCGAAAUUAGUGGUCUGAGCGUUGAAAAGGUAACAAACAUCCAACCCAAAUUGAAACCGUGCAAAUAUGGCUAG